CCUUUAUUUUUUUUUUGAGCAGUGUAUAUGCCAAACAAGGCUGUGUCAUCCUCCACUUCCUGUUUCCCAUCACUUCCGCUCCCGUUGCUGCGACACGGGACGUCAACAUAGCGAUGGCGGACAAGGAGAAGCGCCGGUCCGCGAUCAUCCCUUCGGGGAUGCCCGCAGGCAAAGCCAUGAAAUCGGACAGCGACAGGGAGUUUCUGACGCAGGCAGGAGUGGGAGACCUGCUCCGCGGGGCCAUCCUGAAGAUGGUCGAAGCCAGAUCGGACGAUCCCAUCGGGUUUCUUGCCGACCACUUCUGCAACCUCGCCUCGGUGACGGAGAGCAGCACAGCUGGAUGCGGGGAUGAGGAGCAACUGAACACCGGCCCCAUGAGCGCAGGCGCGCAGGAGCAGCAGCAUCUCAACCGGGCGCUGUGGCAUCUGCGGCUGGCGCAUCACUCGCAAAGGUCAGCUUUCAGUAACAAUGUCCGUGUGGCCUAUGACCUCCUAAACUACACUGCAGCUCAAAGACAAGAAAGCGAGGUUUCUGAUGGCCCUGAUGGGUCCUCUGCUAACAGCCCCACAGGAGGAGGAGUGAGAGGAGGCCUCUACACACAGACUUUGGAGUGCUUGUGCAGUGAGGGUGGAGUUCCUGCCUCCACUUCUGCCCCUCUCCUCCGUCGCCUCCAUUGCCAGGACCACGAGGCCGUACCUUAUGAUGUCUUCCGUCACGGCGUGCUCACCUGUGCCGUUUUCUCAGACUACAUCCGGCAGGCUCAGAGGCUUUAUGCUGAGGUGUGCUGUCCAGAUGAGGGGCCUGCCUCACGGGCGCUCUGCCUGGCCGUACUGGGGACCUUAAAGGAAGCAUUGGAAACAUCCCAGGGCUGUGAUGCCAACUGCUGUGCUAAUGCUAAUACUAAAGCUAAUAGCUGUCCAGAGGCUAAUGUGAAGGCUAUACGCUACUUGGAAGCCAGUGCCAAGAUCUCCCCCUACAAGCUAGCACAGGCCAUGGCAGGAGCAGAGACACGGGGACCCGGUGGUAAUAUGGAUGCCAAGGAGUUUGAAAAUGCAGCUGCAGAACUGUUCAUAACUCGAGUGAAAAUUGUGUCUUAACUUUUUGUUUUUAUGAAGAAUGUACAGUUCUCCACAGUAGGUUAAAUCUUAGAGUAAUUAAUUAUUUUCUGUUCACCUUUUAACUGCAACAUGUUGCAGGUAAACAGCAAGACUAACACUGAACCCAUUAGUCUCUCCAGAAAACAUGUUUUCUGAUUUCUUGGAUUUAAUAAAUAGUCUGGAACUAUGCUAAGUCACCUGCUACCUACCUAAAUAAUGUUUGUACUAUGAUACUGUGAUUAGGAAGUAUUUUUAUCCUCUGCAUCAGUUGAAAUAAAGGAGCAUAAAUUCUAGGGUA